AUGCUAUUCGGUAGAACAUUAACCAACAUUUCAACAUUGACAAACAUCAACAAUGCCUAUAAGAAAUCAAUAGGGCAUCGACUUCGUGAUUUCAUCGACUGCCUUGGAACUAAAUUCCAACCAAUUAAGAAAUACAUAUUCCCAAACUUUAUUGCUGUCCAUUAUUUUUAUAUCAUAUUUGUCGCCCUAUUCACCUCCAUUCUCAUAUAUCCGGUCAGGAAUCAAAAAUAUAUUGACAUCUUAUUCUUAUCUGCAGGAGCUGCAACACAAGGUGGAUUAAAUACAGUUAAUACAAAUGAAUUAGUACUUUACCAACAAAUAGUCAUCUAUAUUGCAUGUUGGCUUUCGACACCUAUAGUGAUUCAUGGUUGCCUAGCUGGUGUUAGACUAUACUGGUUUGAAAGACAUUUUGAUAAUAUUAGAGAGUCUUCGAAGAAGUAUUUUAAGGCAAGAAGAACUAAGACUAUCUUAGAAAGAGAGUUAUCGGCUAAAUUACCAACGAGAAGAAAAUCUACCACUUCAAACAUUUUGUCUAAAGCAAGUCAAAAUUUUAAUAAUAGAGGCAUUAACAACAAUUACGACGACUUUAGAGACAAAUUAUUUAGUGGCAAAAAAUUAGGAAGGGAAAAUACUACCGAUGGUAACAGUAUUUCAAAUCCGCCAGAAUCAAUCAAUUCACAACUGAGAAGGGAUUUUAACCCUUCUAACACAUCAGGCUCGCAUUCAACUUCUGACUCCUCUCCUGAGUCCACUUUAUUAAACAACGAACAUUUCGUACGAAGAAGGAAAAGUAGCGAUGUCAAACCUCAAGAUAUAUAUAGAUCAUUGCUCCUAUUACAAAACCAACGGAAGAAAGAAAAUUUAUCUGAUGACCAAUAUCAUGGGCCUCCAUUAAUUAUUGACUCCCCAACCAAAAAUAAUUCAUUUACACGUAUACCAGAUAAGAAUAUCGACUUUACUAAUAACGGAGCUCGACCCCCUUCAUCAGAAAGACUAGUCCAGUUUGAAAUUGCGAAACCAACAAGAAGUAUUACAAGAAGAAAGAGAAAUGAACAAAUGCAUCCCAAAACAUUUAGAAAUACAGAUUUAUUAUAUCAAUCAAGUUCAAGGUUUAAUUCACACAUACAUCUAAGUCCACGACAUACUCUACCCCCCACUAUUGGGAAACGUACUAGAACAGAAGAUUCUAAUUAUUCAUCGCUCUCCAAUAUUACACAAACUGAUCAACAAGGUAAACCGGAUAGUCAACAAAGAGAAGAAAUGAGGGAACAAUCUACGACACUUCACGCCAUACCGUCCAAAAGAUUAAGAUUAAACAAUAAAAGGAAAAAGCUCAUAAAUAAACGAAAGUUGAAAUCAAAGCUACACCCAAUUAAAAGAUUACGAUCCAAUGACUCGAACAUAUCUCCUAAAAGUGAACGACAGCCCUUUGAAGAAAUAUCAUUCCACAAUUAUGACAAUCCUAACCUUAUACCAGCUCGAACAGAUAAUCAAUUUGAUGAAGAGGAAAACUUAAAUACUAGUGAUUCUCUAAAUGACUUACGAUUUUUAGAUGGAUCAAAUUUACGGAAUAUAGGAAGAAGAACAUCUACGUAUUUAUCAUGGGAACCUAAAUUAGGUCCAAAUUCGAUAAUAUAUGGACUAUCAAAAGCACAAAAGGAAGAACUAGGUGGAGUAGAAUAUCGUGCAAUCAAACUUCUUUGUAUUAUAUUAGUGAUAUACUAUGUUGGGUUGCAUCUCAUAAUUGCUAUUAUGUUUUUACCAUGGAUAUGCUUAAAGAAUAAAUAUAGACAAAUUGUGAGGAAUGACGGUAUAGCGCCUGCAUGGUGGGCUUUUUUUACCGGGAUGAGUUCAUUUUGCAAUUUAGGGUUAUCAUUAACUCCGGAUUCAAUGAAUCGAUUUAGCAGAGCAAUAUAUCCUUUGAUAACAAUGAUCUUUUUUAUUAUUGCGGGUAAUACCGGAUUCCCAGUUUUUCUUCGAGCUAUUAUUUGGGUCAUGUUUAAAUUAUCACGAGAUUUAUCGCAAAUUAAAGAAAGUUUAUCUUUUUUGUUAGAUCAUCCGCGUCGGUGUUUUACCCUAUUAUUCCCAAAUGAUGCAACGUGGUGGUUGUUAAUGACAUUAGUGGGUCUAAACGGCGUUGAUUUAGUUCUUUUUAUUAUAUUGGAUCGUGGAGCUGAAAUAUUGAAAGAAUAUUCUGGUGGUUAUAGAGUCUUAUUAGGUUUAUUCCAGGCAGUAACUACCAGAACUGCUGGGUUCUCCGCCCUCGAUAUAAGUCUAUUGCACCCAUCAAUACAAGUGUCGUAUAUGUUGAUGAUGUAUGUGUCUGUACUGCCAUUAGCAAUUUCCAUGAGAAGAACAAACGUGUAUGAAGAACGAUCUUUGGGGAUUUAUGGUAAAAUGCCAAUGUCAGAAUUGAAUCAAAUUGAGGCGGAAGGAAAGAAUGCCGAUGGUCAACAUAGCCCAACACUUGAAGACGAUAAUGAUGAAGAAUUAGAAGAAGAUGAAGAUGAGGAAAGCAAAUCUUUGGCAUCAUCAAAUAGCUCUACAAGUCAUGCUAUUGGUAAAGAACGUCGGGAGUCGAAUACAUCCAAAAAGAAAAAGAAGAAAAACAAAAAAGAGGAGGACGACUCUUCAAAUUCUUAUAUUGCCAUUCAUUUAAGAAGACAAUUGUCUUUUGAUAUGUGGUUUAUGUUUUUGGGGUUGUUUAUCAUUUGUAUAUGUGAAAGUGGAAAGAUUCAAGAUCCUGAGAUGCCUGCUAUUAAUGUAUUUUCCAUAUUAUUCGAAAUAGUAAGUGCCUAUGGUACUGUCGGGUUAUCCUUAGGUUAUCCUGGGACAACAACCUCAUUAUCCGCACAAUUUACAGCGUUGUCUAAAUUAGUUAUUAUCGUUAUGUUGGUACGAGGUAGAAAUAGAGGUUUACCAUACGCAUUAGAUCGUGCAAUAAUGUUACCAAGUGAAAGAUUAGAGCGCAUUGAUGACAUUGAAGAUUCAAAAUUACGUAGGCAGCCUAAAAAUAUCGGCAAAGAAGAUCCAGUAAGUGGUUAUUUUAAGAGACAUCUACAUAAGCUUAAAAAUGGAUGGAGAAGAAUCCAUUCAUCUGCCAACGAAAAUCAUGCGGACAAUCAUUCCAUGGAUACCCCUACUGACGGACUGGAAGGAGGGAAAUGA